AACGUACCUCGAACGCAUUGUCGUAUAUCAGGGCCUACUGUUUCAUAUCAUUUAACCUGCCAUCUCUAUGAGUACCUACCGUUGGUAUUUUUGAGAUUUAACUCCCAUCUUGCGGAGCUAUAUUGUACCAUACUGUCAUUGUAUGUAUUCGUAAAGCAUUGUGUGUACAUAUACAGUCCGAAUUACGAGGUUAUGUUGUUCACAGUUUAAUGUUACAUACAUAGUGUGUUAAAUACAUAGUUUUAAAUGUUUCUUACCUCCGUGAGAUAUUGCUUAAGUUGAAAAAAAAAUCAACUUUUCUUGUAUAUCAGAGAGUAAUAUUUUCACAAUGGCUGAGACUCCUUUAAGUGUAGGAGAGAAGACGUAUAUUCUUCACGGAGUUGAUCUUGAUCUCCGAAAUGACGGUCGAUCGAGAUAUCAGUAUCGGUCCAUCGAGAUCGAAACGAAAUUGAUGCAGCACGUGCACGGCUCGGCGAGAUUACGAAUAGGAAACAUCACAGAUAUAUUGGUCAGUGUGAAAAUGGAGAUAGACACACCAUUUGCCGAAAGACCGAACGAAGGCAAAUUGGAUUUCUUUGUAGAUUGUUCUGCUAAUGCUACACCAGCGUUCGAAGGCAAAGGCGGAGACAAUCUAGCAACUGAAAUAAGCAACAUCCUUUCCAUGGCGUAUCAAUCACCCGACGUCUUUGAUUUGAGACAACUAUGUAUAUUACCCGCUAAGAAGUGUUGGAAAAUGUAUGUAGACAUCUUGAUCCUCCAAGUUGGCGGAAAUCUGUUCGAUGCUGUGGGAGCCGCGGUAAAAGCUGCUCUGUACAACACUGAAAUUCCAAAAGUGCUCGCAGCAACCCUCGACGGCAGCGAGCCGGACAUUCAAAUAUCUGACGAUCUUUACGAUUGUAUCAAACUGGACGUCACGAAUUAUCCAGUAAUAGUCUCAGUAUGCAAGAUCGGUGACAAUUUCGUGAUAGAUCCAACUCCGGAGGAAGAAUCGUGCAGCCCAGUUAGCAUCGUUAUGUCGGUGGCGCCCAGUAGUAAAGUGACGACUAUAGUUAAACAGGGUUACGGCAGCUUGUUGCCUACCACUUUGAUCAAGAUGUUGCAGGUGGGAAAGGACAUUGGUCUCAAGCUGAACGAAAGUCUGAUGGAAGGAUUGAAAGAAGAAGAUAAACUCGGUCAAUCGAAACCUUUGUGCGGCUUUCUCAGAUAACAACGCGUAUUUUAUGUACGACCUGGACUCUAAAAAGUAUAAAAUAUAUUUUUUUCGAAUUUCAAACACGUCCGUGUGAACUUUUUUUUUUAAUUAUCGUGAAGGAUUCUCGCUGCAUUUAUGUACGCGUGAUGGUGUAAAAACAUGAACUAUUGAAAUAACAUUACCCAGAAUCACAGGUGUAGGUUUCAACUAUGUACUAUUAUUUUUAAUUCAAUCAUUUGUCUUCAUCGCCUGUAUAAUUCGGGUUUUAAGUACAUAAAAAAUUCUUUUUAAAAUCCUCGAGAAAAUUUCGAACUUCAAAAUUUUUAUUUAAUAGCCAGCACUCAUUUAUCGACUUUGUGCGUCAUGUAUUUUUUUGUUUCACGCGACCGCGAAGAUGAAAAUCGUCUUUUAUUUUUAUACGUUCCAAAAACAAAUAAAUUUAUUAGAAUCAAUAAUCAGGAUUAAAGUCGAUAAAUGAGCGCGUGUACGCACGCGCGAUAUUGAAAAAACGAUUUGCUCAGCGAUUACACAGGAAGUAACAUCUUUGUUGCGUUCACAAAGAAAUAACAUUGAGAAAAAUAACUUCUCGCGCGAUUAUUACUUUUCAAUAGCGUUUUCUCGUUUGCUUUACAGUUCGAGAAGAUUAUUCUUUUAAGAUUGUAUAAAUAUCCCCCACACACGAAGUCAGUUUCGUUAUGUAAUAAUGGGCGUCAGGGGGGAGGUGGGAAAACUUGCACGAAGCUCGAACUGUGGUAAUGAAAUCGGUUCUUUUUUUUUUUUCUUUUUUUUCUUUUUUUUUUUCAACGAUUCUCUUAAAGAAAGUGGCUAUUACAAUGAUUAUGUUGAAAGUAGUGCUGAAAGUAGUGAAAGAUAUCUUUGUUUUUAGUUUCUUAUAAAUAUUCUGUUUCUUAUACACAGUAGUAUUUUAGUUUGUAUCUCUCUUCACGGACCUGUUAUAGUUUGUACAGAGGUCCCAAUAAGUAACUUUUACAAGAUAAUAGUUAGAAUCGCGUUUUCAAGCGUGUAAAGUCGUGUGUAGUUACAAGUUCGUAUGUAUAGAUCAUUUUUUCGCGCCCGAAACAAACGGACGACCAGUUUUUUUUUUUUUCUGCCAUCAAUGACAUCGUCGAGCGACGUGUAGGAGUUUCUCUCUCGCACACACACUCUCUAUCUCUCGUUCGCAGCUUAAAAACAAUUCAACAUGGCGGAGGAUCGAUAAGAUCGUGUUGUGUUCACGCGGUCACCAACGCGAAAUUGCUCUCGCGCGUAACAUCAGCGCUCGAGGCGAAUGCGUUGCGAUGGACGACGUAAUUAAGUCAGAAUUUUAAUAACAUAUGAACAUAUUAAUCAAUUUACUUAAUAAACAUAAACGUUUUUUUUUUUUUUGAAGAUUGAGAGAGAAAAGUUGAAGAUUUUCUGUUAGAAUCUAGAAAAACCUUAAAACUUUUAUCCUAUUAAAAAAAAAAAAAAAAAAAAAAUA